CUUGUUUAAACUGUCAAGAUGGUACGGGUUCAUUUAGUGCCUUGUUAACCAUCAUUGCAAGCUAAUGCAUGUGCUGUCUCUAGGUUGUUCUUGCGGCCUCCAUCUGUACCCGCGGCGGGAAAGCUGUCCUUUCCAGGCAGUUUCGAGAGAUGCCCCGAUCACGGAUAGAAGCUCUCCUGGCUUCAUUCCCCAAACUUGCCGACUCGGGAACUCAACACACGACUGUCGAGCAGGACAAUGUCCGCUUCGUCUACCAACCCCUGGACGAACUGUACAUGGUUCUUAUAACCAAUCGACAGAGCAACAUCUUACAGGACAUCGACUCCCUCCACUUAUUCGCCCAGGUUGUCUCCAGCACAUGCAGAACCUUGGACGAGAGAGAGAUUGUGAAAAAUGCUUACGAGCUGCUCAGCGCUUUCGACGAGCUCGUCACACUCGGAUACAGAGAAAACCUGACUCUCAGCCAGAUCAAGACAUUCCUAGAGAUGGAAAGUCACGAGGAACGUAUUCAGGAGAUCAUCGCACGGAACAAGGAGUUGGAGGCCACUGAGGAGCGGAAGAGGAAGGCUAAGCAGCUUGAGAUGCAACGGAAGGAAUCCGCCCGCACCGGCCGUCCCAGCGCACCACGAACUCCUGUGUACCCCACAUAUACACCUCCCAGUCGGCCAACUCCCACAGAUACAUAUGAUUCCUAUGAAGCCGAGAAGAAUAAGUCUUACAAGCCGGCGACCACAAAGGUGAAGGGCAUGCAACUUGGGAAGAAAUCCAAGACUACAGACAUGUUUGAGCGUGUUCGUGGGGAUAUGGGAGCCGAAGUCGACGACACUCCACUGGUACCAGCCGCACCAGCCCCGGCUGCCGAGCCUGUUGCGCCACGUCACUCUUCAACCCUAGAUCGUGAUGCUAUACAUCUCACCAUCAACGAGGCUAUUGGGGCUAAGAUCUCGAGAGAUGGCUCGCUCACCUCCUUGACUGUUAGCGGUGACUUGAGUCUUCGCAUAUCCGACCCCAGCUUGACCAAAGUCAAGCUCCAGCUAACAGCCAACGCUUCGCAUGGCGCCCAAUUCCGCACACACCCUAAUGUCGACCGUGGUCUGUUCACGAGCAACAAGGUCAUUCAGAUGAGCAACGUCGCCCGCGGCUUCCCUGUCAAUAACUCUGUUGGCGUUCUACGAUGGCGAACCGCGCCCAAGACUGAUGAUACAAGUGCUCUCCCUAUUAGCUUUACCGUGUGGGUUAACAAGGGCUCAGGAGGUAACCACACAAUUACGAUAGAAUAUGAGCUCACGGGAGGCGAUACGCUGAAGGAUGUUUCUGUGGUUAUUCCAUACGCUACAAGUGAACCUUCAGUCAGCAGCUUUGAUGCCGUCUACGACGUGUCUGGAGACACUCUGGAGUGGACAAUUGGAACGAUAGACUCUGAUAAUGGAAGCGGUUCGUUCGAGUUCGACGCCCAAGCCGAUGAUGAGAACGAGUUCUUCCCGAUGCAGGUGCGAUUCUCGAAAUCUUCGCCGUUUGUUGAUGUCGACGUUUCGUCGGUGAGACUCGUGGAGGAAGACGAAGAAGUCGCAUAUUCAAAGGAUAUUAGGUCGGUUGCUGAAAACUUCCUGGUUGAGUAGACGAGCAGGUAUUUGAAUGAUCAAAUAACUUUUGCCUUGUGAGCGAUUCACCUAGAAAUGAUGAGAGACGGCCGUUACAUGACGGGGUUUGGCUGUAUGCUAUUGUGGUAGGAAAAUAUUACAGGAGUUGCUAGUAGACUACGUAGGUACUAUAUGACGGAAGGAGGGUAAUAGUAUGAAUGAAUACCAUGAAGUACAGUAGGUCAAUACGUGAUUCACAUAGCAAAAAUCAUGAUCCUGAUGUCUUGAGAA